AUGAUGGGAAUGAAGACUAAAGUGACAGGGCAGUCACCGGUGACAAAUGGAGGAGGCUCAGCUUUUAGCGGUGGCGGUGAACCGGCUGCUCAAGAUUGGGAGCUUAGACCCGGGGGAAUGUUGGUUCAAAAGGACUCCGGUCGAAACUCCAUCCCGCCACCGACUAUCAGAGUUAGAGUCAAGUACCGGUCCAUCUACCAUGAAAUCAGCAUCAGUUCUCAAGCUACAUUCGGGGAGUUGAAGAAGAUGUUGACAGGUCCAACUGGACUACACCAUCAAGAUCAAAAGCUGUUGUACAAAGACAAAGCGAGGGAUUCCAAAGCGUUUCUGGACAUGGCUGGUGUGAAGAACAAAUCGAAACUCGUUUUAAUCGAAGACCCAAUUAGUCAGGAGAAAAGGUUACUGGAGAUGAGAAAGAAUGCUAAGAUGGAGAAAGCUUCUAAAUCUAUCUCUGAAAUCAGCUUGGAAGUUGAUAGUCUUGCUUCCCAGGUGAAAACCCUUGAAUCGAUCAUUUCUAAAGGUGGGAAAGUGGCUGAGAAAGAUUUGAUUAGUUUGAUUGAGCAGUUGAUGAAUCAGUUGCUUAAAUUAGAUGGGAUUAUGGCCGAUGGAGAUGCCAAAUUGCAGAGAAAAAUGCAGGUGACAAGAGUUCAAAAAUAUGUUGAGACAUUGGAUAUGUUGAAGAUCAAAAACGCUAUGCCCAACACCAAUGGAGGCCAAACUGAAAUGCAGAAUCGAAAUAAGCAUUCGAAUGCACAGAAACUAGCACCUAUACAAGAGCAGCAAUCAAGGGGGCAAAAACUAGCUCCAAUGCAAGAGCAGAAAUCAAGCAACUCGGUUGCCCAUUUGCCAAUCCACCAACAGCAGCAGCUGCAGCAAUCGGCAUUGGGGUCGGUUGUAGUCACCACGAAAUGGGAGACAUUCGAUUCAUUCCCGGCAUUGGUACCGGUCUCCUCGACAUCUACAUCCACACCAGCGGCCAAUAAUUCAGCCUCGCCCAAGUUCCCUUGGGAAUUCUUCGACUAAGCAGUACGCUACGUCCCUGUUUUUUUCUUCUUCUUUUUCCUUUGUGAACGUGCUUUGGGUUUGCUUAUUCUUCCUGUACUUAGAUUUUCUUGAGCAACCCUCUUUUUUCUCUUCUAUCUGUCAUUAAGUUCACCAUAAAAAUAAAAUGGGGCUUCCAUGAUAAUAGUUAAAAACCUGUUGUUUCAGCUGUAUUCUAUUGUUGUUGAAUUCAUUUCCGAGUUUGUGUACUGCCCUCCUUUUGACGGUGGCAAACAUUUGUAUAUUUGUAGACUUUGUUAA